ACCAGCUUGACAAUUAGCCCCUCACAUGGUUGUUGAUUGCCUGUAUGUGACCGUUUGUGUGGGAGGGAGUGACUGCAACUCCGCCCUCCCUGGAGGUCAGGCCUACAGACAAGACGCGGGAGAGGGAGAGAGAUUGUCGUUUUAGAGAGUUGUGUGUAUGUGUGUGUCCCCGUGUGAGCCAGAUGUAAAAUUAAACCUGGAGUUAAGCCAACAAGUUAACCAGUGAUGUUACCAUAUACGGAGGUCGGGGCAUUCCCUUAGUUACCCUAUAGGAUCAAUGGUGAUACGACGCAUUUUGUAAGAAAUCACUCGCCGUAAGAUGUAACGAUGUAUCAGGACGGUGCUGGAUGUACAGUGUUGGUAUCUCGCGUCACGUGGUAUAACUGUGCCCUUGUUGACCUAUCGCGUAGUAGAUCCGUGCAUGCGUUGGAGCACGAGCCCUGUUGUCCGGAUCCAUCGAAGUUAUCCAGUUCGGAAUGUCACGCAGUACAUUACGGACUUUGUUCACCUUUGUUAAAACUUCCUCCUUUCUCGCUCCCUCCGGCUGUCACGCGUCCUAACGACCCAUGGGACGUGUUAGUCAGCGAAAUCGAAGAUCAAUUGAGGGAUGUAGUUAGUAAUUUUGUACAGACGGACAAAAUCAGGAAGGAGACUCAAAAAACAACACCCAAGCAACACGCUGUAACGAGGGAUAAAGAAUAUUUCAACGAAAAUCACAUCAAAUCUGACAGAUCCACACCCUUAAAUAGCGUUACGUGGAACUCGAAUUGCAUCGAUUAUAAACCGAGCAAGAUUCGGGUGUCUUCUAAAGAAGAUAAAAUCGACAGGAACCAUCAAAAUCCGACGGAACCCAAUGGAGAUCUUUACAGAAGAAUUGUACCCCAAGUGCCAGAAAGGACAACGUCCUCCAAGUUUCAAGGACUGGAAAAGUCUAACUCGUGUGACACGCGCAAGUCGAACGUCACGACAAUUCCUCACCCCAAAUUAACAUCUGUUCAGAAGCAACACAUAAGAGAAAGAUCGCCAGUAGAACGUCACGGUCACAAUUUAGUAAGCAAAGGAUCGGUCGCCGAACGUGUCCUACAAUUUGAACGAUGUCCCGAUUUAGCGCUCGAACGUACAGCUACUAAGAUUAAGCCCGCCCUUCUCGUUAAUAAACAAGAACAACAUAAAUCACAGUCUUUAUAUAACUAUAAAGAUAAAGAAAAUGUUCAGCUUCAUCUCUCCAGCUUGUAUCAACUUCCACCAGACAUUACAUCAUGUUCUAUCAAUAUUCCAAGAUUUUACUUUCCUCACGGUCAUCCAAAAUCAACAUAUGCAAUUGACGAACAGCUGAGAAAGAUAACGGCCACUUUCCUUAAUUUCCCUGAACGUAAAGUUCUCAGGGAACAGUUUGGAAUAAUUGCAAAGGCUUGUGGUCUUCCUCUUUACUGGAAGAUUCCAUUAUUUCUUGCAGCUGGUGGAGAAAAAACUGGAUUUGUUUGCUGUGAUACUUUCCUUGAUUCUUGGAAGAGAAUAAUUAAUAUUUGUUAUGAUGAGCCAUCUCAGUUCAUCUGUAUUCUCUCUUGUGGUUCAAGAAAUUAUCUUCUGCCUGAAGAUUUUAUUCCUAUGAUGCAGGAUAUCAUUGACACUCAUCCUGGAUUGACUUUUCUGAAGGAAGCAACAGAAUUUCAUUCAAGAUAUAUUCAGACGGUGAUAGCUCGAAUUUAUUAUUGUGUAAAUAGGUCUUGGAGCGGUAGAAUAACUGCACCAGAAUUGAGGAAAAGUGAUUAUCUUCAGGUUGUAGCAUUACUAGAAGAAGAAGAAGAUAUUAAUUUAAUAACUGAAUAUUUUUCUUAUGAGCACUUUUAUGUUAUUUAUUGUAAAUUUUGGGAACUUGACACUGAUCAUGACUUAACAAUUGACAAGAACGACUUAAGUCGUCAUAAUGAUGGAGCAAUAUCGUCACGAAUGAUUGAUCGGAUAUUUUCUGGGGCAGUUACGAGAGGAUCUAUAAAAAAUAAAGGAAAAAUGAAUUAUUCUGAAUUUGUGUGGUUUUUAAUAUCUGAAGAAGACAAAAGACAUCCUCGAAGCAUUGAAUAUUGGUUUAGAUGCAUGGAUUUGGAUGGUGAUGGUUUCUUAUCUAUGUAUGAACUGGAAUAUUUUUAUGAUGAACAGCUUCAAAGAAUGGAAGCUCUUGGCAUAGAAACACUUCCAUUUAAAGAUUGUUUAUGUCAGAUGCUGGACAUGGUGCGACCAAAAUAUCCGGGCAAAAUAUCUCUAUCCGAUCUUAAACAUUGCAAAAUGACACCUGUAUUUUUUGAUACAUUUUUCAAUUUGGAAAAAUUCCUAGAUCAUGAACAGAGGGAUCCAUUUGCAUCACAACGGGAUCAAACCGAUGGAAUAGAAAUGUCUGACUGGGAUAUAUAUGCAGCCGAAGAAUAUGAGAUACUAAUUGCAGAAGAAGGUCUUGGCUUACAAUCGGAUCAUUACUCAUUGGAUGAGGCAGAUCAAGAAUUAGACGAAUAUUCUCAGAGUUUGGGAAAAUUCAAUCUUUCUGCCAUUCUCCACAGCAGAUCUAAAAACUUUAUGGAUAUUGACGAUGAAGACUACGACUAUGCUGAGUCAGAUGCCGAGUAUCCGUAUUAGUUAAGUUACGCGGAGAAAAAG